UCUUCCCAGUGGUAUCGCCAAGGGGGGGAUUGUACCACCCUGACUUCUUCCUCUUGCCCAGUGGUGGAUCCCUUGAACAUCAGAACACGCCCCAUCCUCCCUGGGUAGGAGGCGCACCUCUGCUUCUUUAAAAUUUGCCCAAACUUAUAGAACCGAGUUCCAAAGACCAGCUUCUCCCAGAAUCUUGCCCCUAGAAGGAUUCUACCCGUGAACGCCCUCUCGCCCCCGCCUUCUGUGGAACAGCCCACUGUACGGAAUGGGUGCUAAGAUGGCCGCCCCCAUGAGACACGACAUAGCGCAGCCAUAUUCCUCGCCUGACAACGCCACUCAUGGACCAAGUCUCCGCCGAUCCGUAACAGGGCUGUGUUCAGUGAGUAGACUACAACCUCUCAGUUCUACUGAUCGUGUGCAAAAUCAACAGCCCUAGAAGGUGCAGUGUCGGGGUGAGGACAGGAAACGGAAAUCCCCCUCAGAGGCCGUUUAAGCCUUCUUGGCGCGCGACGCUAAAUGCAGUGCACGAGGUUUUAUGGCGUGAUAGUCGCUCAGGAUUUCUUGGUGUCCCUGUGGAGCCAUUGAGCCUUACCCCUUACUGGAGGCUGCAGGACCCUCUACACACAGACAGCUGUCCAGCACGGAAGGUGGCCUGAGGCCCAGGGUGAACAUGCCAGCUAAUGGGACAUCACCCCAGGGAUUCCCUGCCCUGAUUCCAGGAGAACCUGGCAGAUCUUUUGAGGGGUCCGUGUCAUUCGAGGACGUGGCUGUGGAUUUCACCCGACAGGAGUGGCACAGACUGGACCCUGCUCAGAGGACCAUGCACAAGGAUGUGAUGCUGGAGACCUACAGCAACCUGGCAUCUGUGGGCCUCUGCGUGGCCAAACCAGAGAUGAUUUUCAAGUUGGAGCGAGGAGAAGAGCUGUGGAUAUUAGAGGAGGAAUCCUCAGGCCAUCGUUACUCAGGAUCUCUCUCACUGCUGUGUGGCAAUGGUUCUGUUGGGGAUAAUGCCCUCAGACAUGAUAAUGACUUUCUUCACCAUCAGAAGAUUCAAACAUUGGAUCAAAAUGUUGAAUAUAAUGGAUGCGGGAAAGCCUUCCAUGAGAAAACAGGCUUUGUUAGACGUAAAAGAACACCCACAGGAGAUAAAAACUUUGAAUGUCAUGAAUGUGGGAAAGCUUAUUGCAGGAAAUCAAACCUUGUUGAACAUCUGAGAAUACAUACAGGAGAGAGACCCUAUAAAUGUGGUGAAUGUGCAAAAACCUUCAGUGCAAGAUCAUACCUCAUUGCUCAUCAGAAAACUCACACAGGGGAGAGACCCUUUGAAUGUAAUGAAUGUGGGAAAUCUUUUGGCAGGAAGUCACAACUCAUCCUACAUACAAGAACACACACUGGAGAGAGACCCUAUGAAUGUACUGAAUGUGGGAAAACCUUUUCUGAGAAGGCAACCCUCACAAUUCAUCAGCGAACUCACACAGGGGAGAAACCCUAUGAAUGUAGUGAAUGUGGGAAAACAUUUCGUGUAAAGAUAUCCCUUACCCAACACCACAGAACUCACACAGGGGAGAAACCUUAUGAAUGUGGGGAGUGUGGGAAAAACUUCCGUGCAAAGAAAUCCCUAAAUCAGCAUCAAAGAAUUCACACAGGUGAGAAACCCUAUGAGUGUGGUGAAUGUGGGAAAUUCUUCCGAAUGAAGAUGACUCUCAAUAAUCAUCAGAGAACUCACACAGGUGAAAAGCCCUAUCAGUGUAAUGAAUGUGGGAAAUCUUUCAGGGUGCACUCAUCUCUUGGGAUCCAUCAGAGAAUUCACACAGGAGAGAAACCUUAUGAAUGUAACGAGUGUGGUAAUGCUUUCUAUGUGAAAGCACGCCUAAUUGAACAUCAGAGGAUGCAUUCAGGAGAGAAACCCUAUGAAUGUAGUGAAUGUGGGAAAAUCUUCAGUAUGAAGAAAUCCCUCUGUCAACACCGGAGAACUCACACAGGAGAGAAACCUUAUGAAUGUAGUGAAUGUGGAAAUGCCUUCUAUGUGAAAGUACGCCUCAUUGAGCAUCAGCGAAUUCACACAGGAGAGAGACCCUUUGAGUGUCAAGAAUGUGGGAAAGCUUUCUGCCGGAAAGCACAUCUCACAGAACAUCAGAGAACUCACAUAGGCCGGUCCUGGCGUUAUACAAUGAAGAAAGCCUCUGUCUGAAGACUUCCCUCACCAUUGGAUCAAGUUCCUUGGGGCAUAUGAUCACCAGGGCACACAGUGAGCCUGUGAAAAUUUGGCACCUACAUUUGUAUCAAAAUAUGUCCUGAUCCCCUUAGGGGAUAGCUCAUUGCUUUUAUUCAGAUUUCCCUAAUUAGUGGUGUGUGAACAUCUUAUCUGUUGAUUGGCUAUUUGGGUUUUUUUUUCUGUGCAUUGACUGUUCAUGUCCUCUGCUCAUUGUUUUCGAAUGGGCUGUUCAUCUCUUGCUUUUUGGUUUAAAUGUUGUUGUUUUUUAACAUAUGAGAAUAUAAAAAUCCUUUUUUUUUCCAGUCAUGUGUGUUGCAAAUAUCUUC